AGAGAGAGAGCGAGAGAGAGAGAGAGAGAGAGAGGAAGGAAGAAAGACAGUGUGUGGAUGAUCUGAUGUGUUGAAGCAAUGCUGCAUUAAACAGACUGUAUCUUUCAUCUAAACACUCUGCACUUCCACUAAACCUGCACAUCAAGGACUCCAUCAGCUGUUCAACACUGUAAUGCUCUGACAGAGUUUCUACACACAGCCAUCGAGAUGAAUGUGAAUAGCUUAUUAAACAAAUGGACUCAGAUCCACAGGAUGUGUGAAGUGGAUGUGCCGUCUGAGCCGAGCAGUCCUACACUGUACAGCGAGUCAUCAGAUGCAUACUACCACGUCGACCGCUGGCAGAAGCUGCGCACAGCUGUGAGGAAACUCGAGUUCUGGGAGAAUUUUAGCCAUGAACUUAUUGGGAGUGGCUUCUUCUCCAAAGUCUAUAAGGUGAUGCACAACACCACGCGCAAGGUAAUGGUGGUAAAGAUCUAUAAAAAUGAUGUGGAUCAGGACAGCAUCGUCCGAGAAAUCAGCCUCUUACAGAAACUUUCCCACCCCAACAUUGUCAGGUAUCUUGGCAUCUGUGUGAAAGAAGACAAGCUUUAUCCUAUUUUAGAGUAUGUUAGCGGUGGCUGUCUGGAGGAAUUGCUAGCUCGGAAAGAUGUUCCUCUGUGCUGGAGGGAGAAAGUGGACCUGGCCUCAGACAUCACCAAAGGAAUGAUUUACCUCCACUACAAGAACAUCUACCACAGAGAUCUCAACUCUAAGAACUGUUUGAUAAGGGUGACUGCUCGUGGCAGAGAGGCUUUGGUCACAGACUUCGGUUUGGCCAGGGAAGUAGCCGAGCUUCCUGCCAAAGACCGAAAGUUGUCACUAGUCGGUUCAGCCUUCUGGAUGGCACCAGAGAUGUUGCGUGGUGAACCUUACGACCGCAAGGUUGAUGUGUUCUCCUUUGGGAUAGUGCUGUGUGAAAUCCUUGCAAGAAUCCCAGCAGAUCCAGAAAUACUUCCAAGAACUCGGGACUAUGGCUUGAACAUCUCUGCUUUCAAGAUGAUGGUUACUGGUUGUCCACAGCGUUUACUUGACCUGGCAGCAAACUGUUGUUUGAUAGAGGUGUUCCCGAGGCCAUCAUUCACCGAGGUCCUGGAUGAACUGUCUGAGAUCACAGAGACCCUGGAGCCGCCUACACACACAGAUCUGACCACGGGCUGAGCUGUUUAACGUACACACCAGUCCUACAGAGAUCUGAGCGUAAGAGCAAAAUCUCUUGCAGCAUCGCGCUGGACAGGAGGGAAAGAGACGGAGCUGUGAGCCAGACCAGCAUUGUUGAUGAAACAAAGACACACAAGUUCACACUGCUGACCUAAUAGAGUUAUGCAGAAAUAUCAGAGCUGCUGCUAAAUACAUCAUUAGUUCAUGGACAGCGUGUUGUAGUUUGGUCUUUUAGAGUUUAGAGUUUUUAGAGCCUUAACCAGUCACAUUUUUGGGGAACUGCUGUGUUUCAAAGGUUUAUAUAUUUAUUGCAAAACAAUGAUGAUGAUAAUGAUGAUGGUGAGCACGACGAUGAUAUUUCUCUAGCGAUUCAAGCUAAAAUGGUGAAUCUAUGAUAUUUUUGUAAAUUCUUGUACAUAAGAAGUUGUCUAUUUACACAUUAGGUAUUUUGUUACACAAUCCUUCAUAUUGUAUUUGUGUCUUGUUUAUUGCCUUUUAUUAUAGUCUGCUUGCUGAGUGGUCUAAAAUACUUUUUACAUGGUAUGAGAUACAUGUUGAGCUACAGUAUUACUUAGUACAGGAAAUAUCCUGCUUUCUGAAGGGAAGACCUACACAUAACCAUCCUUUCCACCAGUGUUUCUGUUUUUCAACCAUGGAGGUUCAUUCAAGAAUCAUGAAAAAAAAAAGAUCUAGAUUUUCUGUCUUGAUGUUUGUGUACAACCUUAUUGAUCAUCUCAGCUCCUUAUUUUAUUUUUGAAAUGUUUUAAGUAUAUUUUAUAUUUUCUUUUUUUCCUAAAUUUUUGCUUUAUGAAUACUGCACAAUAUCAAAUGUAUAAAUUAUAUUGGUAUCCUUCUGUUGUUAUCUAGACAAUUAAAAGUUUUGAAAUAAGUAUCUCAUUUUGUCAUCUAAACAUGCAUUUAUGGUUUGCAAUGAAAGAUUUUUAUAAAUGUAAGAAGAAUCACUUUUUUUUACUUUGUAUUAAUUUGGAAAUGUUCAUAUUCAUAUUGACAUCAUAUUAAUGCAUAGUGAUUAUGUAUAAGAUCCAGAAAAUUCCUUACUUAAAUAGGUUCAUAUAAAUAAUUGAAUGAAUAAUAAUUUGUUACUGCUUAACCUUAAAUGAUUAUGUUUCAGGGGGAAAAAAAAGUUUUGGUUUCAUAAUGCUGCUUCACAUUCCACAUAUGGCAUUUUUUCAAUAGAUUUUUUUUUUAAAUGAUAACCAGUAAAUGCACAGAAUUGUAAUCGUUAGCAAAUAGUAGUGUAUAAGAAAUAAAACACUGUAAAAUGCUGUUCUUAGAAAAGAAUCAGCUCCUAAGUGGUUACAGCAUGUCAUGAUUUAUUCCUCCCUACUCCUGUUAUAAUAUAGAUGAAUAGGGCUGUCAUGCGCUCUCUGAUCUUAAAGUAUAAUGAAGCCAUGUAAUAACUCUUUCAUCAAACACAAGCUUAUUACUUAUUAGCUUUCAUGUCUAAUUAACUGCAUUUUUUUUUCCACAUGGUCGGAACUCUUAGCUAUGUUAAUUAUACAGUA